GCAUUAGAUCAGAUGUGUUGUGAACUAUCAGGCGCUGCUGUGGCAACUCCCGCUGCUCCGGAGAAACAGAGAUACAUAGAUUUUUCCUCUACGUUUUGACUCUUUGUGAUUGCUUUAGAGGGGAAGAGUGAAGCAGUAGCAGAGCGCUAGUUUUGACAGAUACGCUGUGUUUGGUUGUGUGUUUUUAGACGGAAGUUGAGUGCUUCGAUUCAAGUCACUUUGUGUCUCGUGCACUUCGUUUAAAAGCAGCCGUUUGAGUGAAAACAAACACGACAGUGUUAAUGUUCCUUUAUGUCACUUUUGUUUUUGGAAGUGUGUGGUUUAUGGUUGACAGCACAAGUUAGAAACAUAGUGAGCAUUGUCUAAUGGCGCAACAGCAUUCGCGGUGUUGGUUCGCAGUCAACUCCACAUUUUCUUUCUGCGCACACGGUCUCUUGCGCGUCGACUCGCAAACAUUCAGCCUCACUAAAAUGUCUUUCAGUCGACGACUUAUCGGCGUUAGUGUGAACCGAGCAAACACAAUGUUGGAAUAUAUCUGUAACCGGAAAGAAAGAAGAAAAAAACGUGUUUUUAGACUUGGACGGCUUGUGCUCGCCAGCAUGUUGCCUCGCAGCUAAAGUUGGGCAGUAAGAACUCGUGUAAACACACCAAACCUCACUUCUAGUACACUAUUAGAGGUUUACGAAGUGAGGUUUAGGGUUUGUGUUUAACAGGAUGGGGACAGGUGUUAAGGAGUUAAAUGUGUUGAACGAGUCAGUGCUGUUUAUGGAGGGGAACAGGAAACCUCGCUGUGUUCUGGCAACCUAAUCUGAGCAGUCAGGACGGAAUGUGCUCAACGUCAAACACGUUUACAACUACAGGCUGUAGACUGUCUGACUCUAGUUAAGUUUUAAAAACUGCAGGCAAAGUAAAGCGUUUAAAAUAGGAGUAAACAGUAAAGUUCAUGUGCAUGCUGUGUUUACAAAUCCAGUGCUUUUAUAUUUAACCAUCUAGUUCAGUUGAUGCUUCAAAAGUGCUUCAUAGUAAUGAUACACAUUUCUAAUAACCUUAAAAAAAUAAAUUAGCUGAAGAGUAGUGUCUUUUUAUAUUUUAUCAUCUAGUAAAUACUGCUCAAGUACAAAAGUAGUUUAAGUGGAGAACUGAAGCACAGCUGCACAUGUUCAAAUCUGUUAUUUGUUAUGAUAAAUGUUUGCUGUUGCUUUUAAAUUAUGGUAAACAUUGUUCCAAGUUAAAAUAACUGGAAAAACCACCAUUGCGAUCAUGAUUUAUGGCAAGAUUGAAAAACAGAUUAUGUAAUCGUUCAGUUAUUAAGGUCCAAUAAGAGGCAAGGGAUGGGUUCUAAUGAUUUAGUAAUCCUCGUUAGUCUUCUUCCAAUGGCGCCACCUUCUGACAAAACACUGUCAAGACACUUUGGAUCAAAAGCUUGUUGCGUUUACGUGAAGCCUGAAGUGAAAAAAUACAAUGAGUGUACAUAAUCUUAAUAUAACAAAUUUUGACAGCAUGGCCACAGAUGCAGAUGGCUGUAUCCAAUUCACACGUCAUGCAGGCGACGUCCUACUUAACUUUAACCGUCUGCGCAGCAGGAACAUCCUAACUGAUGUCACCAUACAAGUGGACGGACAGCAGUUCCAUGCUCACAAGGCCAUCCUGGUGGCUUGCAGUGGCUUCUUCUAUUCUGUGUUCAUUAACCCGGAGAAUGUAGACCUCGGUGUCAUCAGCUUAGACCCCAAGGUGAACUCCAUAGGUUUCUCCAUCCUGUUGGAUUUCAUGUACACAUCCUGUCUGGACCUUAAAGACAGUCUCGUCCUGGCUACCAUGGAAACAGCCAUCUAUCUCCAGAUGGAACAUGUGGUUGACACCUGCCACAGGUUCAUCAAGUCCAGACAUCAGUCUCUGCAUAUGCAGACUGGACAGAUACAGACUGAAUCAUUACAUUCGGCUGCAGAGUUCCCUGCUGUGAGGCCCGUCAGUGAAAAAGAACCAGACUUCAAAACCAAUCACAUAUCAUCCCCCAGUGUUUUCAGAGGUAUUAACACCUCUGGCUCCUAUCAUGUCUAUGGGGACUUCCAUAUUCAUGCCACAAAGAUGGAAGACUCCCAAACCAUCACUGCCCUUCCAAGUGGAGGGUCUUUGUCCCCAAAUCAAUGUUCGCAAGUACCCAACACCAACAUGGCUCACAGUCAAUCCACCACCACCAUCUCCCACCCAGUGCCAUCUCAUCCCAGUUGCCCGACCACAAUUAUUCAAUCAGCAGGAGCCCAUGGGAGCCAUUGUGGGCCUGCUGCCCCCACGGAGGAAGAAAAUAUUCAGCACCCACACACCACAUGUUUGCGGGUGUGUCCAGGCUUCAGCAAAGGUGUCAUCUUUAGCCCUCAAAGCCCACUCAGGUCCGACUGCCAACCAAACUCACCCACAGAGUCCAGCAGCAGUAGAAAUGCAAUCCUGAGCCUCAAACAGCCCUCAGACUGCACUGAUGAUGCCAAGGCCCGCAACUGGAAAAAGUACAAGUUCAUCGUUAUGAACCAGUCUUGCGAUGAGAAUGAGAAAGAGUCUCAGGCUGGCGGCAUUGAAUCUACACCAAUGUCCCCCAUGUUGAGCCCCUGCAGGAGUGUUGGAACAGGUGGAGACAGUGACGUCCAAUCAGACGAGGGAGCUAGCAAGCAUAGAGAAGAAAUCCCCAAUUCUCAGAGUGUCGACAGCUGCAGCAGUAGCAGCAGCACCUGCAGCAGUAUCAGUCACCGCAGAUGCUCCUCUUGUGGCUGUGACAGUCCUCAGUCCAUGGAUAUGGGCCAACUUUCUCCAGACUCAUACAGGAUAGACGGCACUAUCAAACUACAAUCAGAAUAUUCCCCCUCCAGCUGUGACAACAACACCUACUUCUGCAAAGGGUGUGACCUCAAGUUCACAGAUGAAGAUUCCCUCAAAGACCACAUGGUCCAGGUCCACAGUGACAAGCCAUACAAGUGUGACUGCUGCCAGGCUGCCUUCCGCUACAAGGGAAACCUGGCCAGCCACAAGACGGUUCAUACAGGAGCAAAGCCGUACCACUGCAAUAUUUGUGGCGCUCAGUUCAACCGACCAGCCAACCUCAAAACUCACACUCGGAUCCACUCUGGUGAAAAGCCAUACAAGUGUGAGACAUGUGGUUCCAGAUUUGUCCAGGUGGCCCAUCUUCGCGCCCAUGUGCUAAUUCACACAGGAGAGAAGCCGUACCCUUGUGAGAUCUGUGGAACACACUUCCGCCACCUUCAGACGCUCAAGAGCCACAUGCGCAUUCACACAGGAGAGAAACCUUAUCAUUGUGAAAAGUGUGACCUCCACUUCAGACAUAAGAGUCAGCUGAGGCUUCAUCUACGACAGAAGCACGGUGCAGUCACUAACACCAAGGCUCAGUAUCGCAGGAGUCCCAGCAACAUGGCAACUGGCCUUGUGAACUCCUGCUGAACCUGCUGCUAUCCCUCUGUGACACGUUGUCCCCUCUUGUACAUUGGCCAAUACUCGUGUUUUUCUAAAUACAGACAAGUAUAAAUAUACAGUAUAUGUAUUUGUAAAUGAUGUACAUUACUAUAUGCAGGCUCUUAGUAUUUGGUUACUCUUAUUGUAAGAUUGUAGAAGCUCUUGCCUCUGUUGUGAAUGUGCAACAACAGAAUGUACGUUUUGAAUGUGAAAGUGAGCAGGUGUUUCUCUGUUAUUACUACACUGAGUGUCAGCAUUGGAGGACAGUCCUCUUUGUCGUUCAGAUCGAGAAUCACUGUUGCAGUUUUGUGUCUUUCGGUAUCAGUAUGAAUUUUCCCCAAUAAUGUGGUCACAGUUUUUGCAAUUAUUUUCAUUAUUCUAUUUUUGUAAAUAAGAUAAUAUAUAUUUCCACAUUGCCAUCUGCUGACAGAGUACAAAUACAUUUACAUUAAAAAUGCGCACAGUGAGCUUUACCGAUUGUUGACGACACGCGGGCUUGUUAUUUUGAUAUUGCAUAGUUAGUUUGCAGUACGCCUUGUGAUGUGCUCAGAUUGUCAUCCUUUGGAUUAAUUGCUGUAUACAUAUGUUCUUUUCUAAUAAUUUCUAGGCUCGUGUUGGUAUUUUGCACAUACUCAUAAUGCUGUGAUAUAUUUUCAUACUUUUGAAAUAUUUCUAUAUAAAAUGUCCUUGACAGUGUGAAAAUAUUUACCCCCCCUCGCCUUGCACCUGCCAAAUUCUUAUUUAUAUAUUUUUUUUCUUUUUUGUAUCUGGUGCUGCAAUGAUCCAAUGUUGCCAAGGGGUCAUUUAAGUAAGAUUGUAUUUUAUCAAACUGUAUGUAUCAUAGUGCACUUGCAUUCAAACUUCUCUAUUGUCAGACAGUUGGUGUAUUUUCAGUUUGAUAGCAUGAAAGCCCGGGCAGAUGUUAUCUGCUCUUUGUGAUGCAUCGCCCUGUUGUUAUUUGACUGCAUGUCAGGUUAGGUACUGUUGGUAUGAGAUCUGACAACAUGUUGUAUAUAGCUCGUAAAAUGCAGAUCCACCAGGCCUCAAGCUUAAACGCUCAGGAAUGUUAGUUAUAUGUAAGCAGAUGUUUCAUAUACAUACAUGUGUGUGUAUAUAACAGAAAUUAAAAUAAAAUAUAUUUUAAGUAGCA